AAGAGCAAAAGACACUCCCUGUUUCAGAAAUACAUAAUUAUUUUAUGAAUAACAAAGUAUUAAGCUAAAUAAUUAGUGAAACUAUUUGCAUUGCAUAUUCUGUGAAUAAUUUUACACAAAUACUAAUAUGAAAUAGUUACCGGCUAGUUGUGUAAAGUGAAUGACAGAAUGUCUACCAUGUCCAGAGCUGUUCAUAUCAGCCAGCAAAAGCUGGCUGAAAAGUUAAUCAUAUUAAAUGAUAGAGGAAUUGGAAUGUUAACGAGAAUUUACAAUAUAAAGAAAGCAUGUGGUGAUGCCAAGUCAAAACCAGCAUUUCUUUCGGAUAAAACUCUUGAAUCAUCUAUUAAACACAUCGUAAGAAGAUUUCCAAGCAUUGAUGUUAAAGGUCUCCAAGCCAUAACAGGCAUAAGAAAUGAGAUAAUCAAAUCUCUUUCAUUGUAUUACUACACUUUUGUAGAUUUAUUGGAUUUUAAAGAUAAUGUGUGCGAGCUGUUAAACAUAGCUGAUGCCUGUCAAAUUACACUGGAUUUAACUUUGAACUUUGAAUUGACAAAAAACUAUCUAGAUCUUGUCACCACUUAUGUGUCCCUUAUGAUAUUAUUAUCGAGAGUAGAGGACAGGAAGGCAGUGCUAGGAUUGUUCAAUGCCGCCCAUGAGAUGGUCAAUAACCAGAUUGACUCUAGCUUUCCUCGUUUAGGACAAAUGAUUGUAGACUAUGAUGCACCAUUGAAAAAGCUUUCAGAAGAAUUUCAACCACACCAAAAAGUUUUGUCUAGUGCUUUAAAUUCAUUGUGGCAUGUAUAUCCAGCGAGAAAUCUAACGGCAGAAUACUGGAGGUCUGAACAGAAGCUGAGCUUAGUGAGCAAUCCCACUCAGCUGCUAAAACCUUCUGAAACAAAUACCAUGUCUUGUGAAUAUGUAUCUUUGGAGAGUUUAGAGAGAUGGGUCAUCUUUGGGUUUGCACUCUGUCAUCAAAUGCUGCAACAAGAUCAUGCAAACAAAAUGUGGGUAAGUGCUUUAGAAUCUGGCUGGGUUGUUGCACUUUUCAGAGAUGAAGUAAUUUACAUCCAUACAUACAUCCAGAGUUAUUUUGAUGGAAUCAAGGGAUAUGGCAAAAGAAUCUCCGAGGUAAAGGAUUGCUAUCAUCAUGCAGUGCAAAAAGCAGGCUAUAAACAUAGGGAACGCAGAAAGUUUCUGAGAACCGCUUUGAAGGAACUUGGACUCAUUUUAACUGAUCAGCCUGGGUUAUUAGGGCCUAAAGCUUUACUCAUAUUUAUUGGUCUCUGCUAUGCUAGAGAUGAAGUGUUCUGGCUGUUACGUCACAAUGAUAACCCACCACAAAAGGUAAAAGGCAAGUCUACUGAAGAUUUAGUAGAUCGGCAACUUCCUGAAUUACUUUUCCAUAUGGAGGAAUUGAGGGCUUUAGUACGCAAGUAUAGCCAAGUCAUGCAAAGAUAUUAUGUCCAAUACCUUUCAGGAUUUGAUGCUGUUGCUCUUAACUUAAUGAUACAAAAUUUACAAGUGUGCCCUGAAGAUGAAAGUAUUAUUCUUUCUUCUCUCUGUAAUACUGCAACAAACUUAAGUGUCAAGCAAGUGGAGACAAAUGAGCUAUUUGAUUUUAGAGCUUUUCGUCUUGACUGGUUUAGAUUACAAACUUAUACAUCUGUUCCCAAGACUCCUUUGAAUUUAGUUGAUCAAAGAGAGUUGGCACAAUUUAUUGACAAGAUGGUAUUUCACACUAAAAUGGUUGAUAAUCUCGAUGAGAUUAUGGUUGAAACAUCAGAUUUGUCUCUGUUUUGUUUCUACAGUAAAAUUUUCGAAAGCCAAUUCCAUAUGUGCCUAGAGUUUCCAGCACAGAACAGGUACAUCAUUGCGUUUCCACUUAUCUGUAGCCAUUUUCAAAAUUGCACACAUGAGCUCUGUCCAGAAGAGAGACAUCAUAUCAGAGAACGCAGUUUGUCGGUUGUUAAUUUAUACUUGGAUGAAAUGGCAAAAGAAGCUAAAAACAUUAUAACCACUAUAUGUGAUGAGCAGUGCACGAUGAGCGACAAAUUACUACCUAAGCAUUGCGCCCAAACUAUAGCACAUUUGGCUAACAGAAAGAAAAAAGAUAAAAAUAAGAAAAAUCCAAUUGAAAUUGUAAAACCUGGGGCCGAAAGUUACAGGAAAACUAGAGAAGAAUUGACCACAAUGGACAAGCUACACAUGGCUCUUACAGAAUUGUGCUAUGCUAUCAACUAUUGUUCAACAGUUAAUGUUUGGGAGUACACUUUUGCUCCACGCGAAUAUUUGCACCAGCACUUGGAGACGAGGUUCUCAAAGGCAUUAGUUGGAAUGGUGAUGUUCAAUCAGGAUACAAGUGAAAUUGCCAAACCAUCUGAACUACUAGUAAGCGUAAGAGCAUAUAUGAAUGUCCUACAAACUGUUGAAAAUUAUGUCCAUAUUGACAUCACUCGUGUAUUUAAUAACUGUCUACUGCAACAAACUCAGAAUUUAGACAGUCACGGGGAAAAAACUAUCGCCUCCUUGUAUACCCAAUGGUAUUCAGAAAUUUUGUUAAGGCGUGUGAGUGCCGGAAGUAUAUGCUUUUCAAUGAAUCAGAAGGCCUUCGUAAGUCUAUCUGCCGAGGGUGCUAUUCCUUUUAACGCCGAAGAGUAUUCGGAUAUCAACGAGCUAAGAGCCUUGGCCGAAUUGAUUGGGCCCUACGGCAUGAAGUUUUUGAGUGAAACUCUCAUGUGGCAUAUUUCCAGUCAAGUCCAGGAGCUUAAGAAAUUGGUCGUACAAAAUAAGGAAGUUUUGCAAAUGCUCAGAACUAAUUUUGACAAGCCUGAAAUUAUGCGCGAACAAUUCAAGAGAUUGCAACAUGUCGACAAUGUUUUGCAGAGAAUGACUAUCAUAGGAGUAAUUUUGAGCUUCAGGCAAAUUGCGCAGGAAUCUCUUUUAGACGUCUUGGAACGACGAAUACCGUUUUUGAUAAGUUCCAUAAAAGAUUUCCAGCAGCAACUGCCGAGCGGGGAUCCGACCCGCGUGAUAUCUGAGAUGUGUUCGGCCGCAGGUCUCUCGUGCAAAGUGGAUCCUACAUUAGCGUCCGCUUUGAGGCAACAUAAAGCUGAGCUCGAAGAGGAGGAACAUUUGAUCGUUUGCUUGUUAAUGGUGUUCGUUGCAGUUUCCUUGCCGAGGCUCGCCCGAAACGAGGGAUCCUUCUACCGGCCUUCCUUAGAGGGUCACGCCAACAAUAUUCAUUGUAUGGCUCCCGCGAUAAACCAUAUUUUCGGUGCUCUGUUUACGAUUUGUGGUCAAGGAGACAUCGAGGACAGAAUGAAGGAGUUCCUAGCUCUAGCAUCCUCGUCUUUACUGCGCCUAGGUCAAGAAACCGAUAAGGAAGCGAUCAAAAAUCGCGAGUCUGUUUAUUUACUUCUCGAUCUUAUCGUCCAGGAGUCUCCAUUCCUGACGAUGGAUUUACUGGAAUCGUGCUUCCCUUAUGUGUUAAUUCGUAAUGCUUAUCACGAAGUAUACAAACAGGAGCAGCUAUUGCUACAUUCGUAAUAGAUAAACAUGGUAAAAUAUCAUUACGUUUACUCGUGAUGUGAACAUAAAUGACGCUAUUCGAAAAUAUGAUUCAUGUUUUUCAUAGCAAAACAAUGAGCAAUGUAUGAUGCUUAAAUUUUAACAUUGUAGUUUAUAUUAUGUUGACACAUUUUUAUAUUAAUCAACUAGGCUUU